AACACAGUGACGUCCCCUGAAACCAUUCUGUAACCAAUAGAAAAAUUCAGUUACUUCCGUGUUGGCAGGGUUUGACGAUCAAUUAAAAUCGAGAUGGAAGUAUCCGGAAAGAGACGUGACCCUGACCUUGACAAGGGCUCCGCAGACGCUACUGUCUACUGUCAGCCAUGUGAAGAGGAAGGCAAAUGCGCUGUAGCCCAGAGAUUCUGUCAGACCUGCGAGGAGUACAUGUGUGAUCCAUGCAGCAAGGCCCAUAAGAGAUUCAAGGUGACCAGGAAUCACAUCAUGUUGUCUAAAGAUAAGAUGCCGUCUUUCUACCCGUCCACCAAGCAGUCUGACAUCGGCCUAACUGAAUAUUGUAGAACACAUCCGAAGGAGGUGAUCAAGUUUUACUGUCCGACCCACAGCGAUCUUUGCUGUGGUGACUGUGUAGUCAUCGGUCAUCGCACGUGCAAAAUCGACUACAUUACUGAUGUGUCUAAAGAUUUCACCAAUGGAAGGGAAUUCAGGGAGCUUGAACCAUCUAUUAAACGAGCAGAAGAUCUUCUAUCUGGGUGCAUAAGUAAAGUAAAGGAGCUUUUUGAUGAGGUCGAACACCAGUCUAAAGAUGAGAUCGACAGACUGAGAAAGUUCCGGGCAGAAAUUAAUACCUACCUGGACCGACGCGAGAAGGAGUUGCUCGGCAACAUCCAGAAAAUGAAGACCGAUGAUGAAAGCUUGCUGACUGAACUGAAGACUGAUUGUGAGUUGGCGAAAUGCGGACUUGUGGCCACUAGGACAGAACUGACUUCCGGGGACGUUUCGGAUAACCAGCGGUACGUGGAGGCAAGGAGGGCCCAAAAGGAGCUACGGAAGAUUCAAGACAAGAUGGAGAAGAUGGCUGGUAGGAUGAAGACUCGGAAGUACCGAUUUGUUAAAGACGCGGACACGGAGGGGCUGCUGGGGUCGAAAAUGGGCCUUGGAACUCUGGACGUUUCGGGAGAGUUUGUUCCAGUUCCAGACCUCUCUACGGUGACAUGGAAGCAGGAAGCGGAUAUCCCGGUUAGAACGUCAUAGGACAAGGGCACCUGCUGGAUCACUGCUUCAGCCCUGAUCUCUUCUAGUCUGAUCCUCCUGACUGACCGUGGUAACAACUGUGUCAAACUCGUUGACGUCAGCAGCCGCACAGUCACGUCCCGCCUCCAGCUACCAGGCGGGCUCUGGGACGUGUGUGUGCUUCCCGGUGACCAGGCCGCCGUCACUCUCCUGGAUAACUCCAUAAUUCAGCUGGUGUCUACAAAGGGAGGACAGUUGUCGUGUGGAAAGGAAAUUAAAGUAGAAUCUGAGUGUCGUGGUAUUGCGUAUUACAACAAAAGAUUAUACGUUUCGAACGCAUCAAACCCGCGCAUUGAAGUGAUGACAUUGGAUGGUCAUAUUAUAAGUACAUUCCAAACACAUGAUGGACGACAACUUUUCCUUACACCAUGUUCUAUAACUGUGUCAGCUUCCACACCACCGAACCUUUACGUGUCUGACCUAACUGCCCACACCGUGCUUCAGAUGUCCCUGGACGGAAAGGUCCUGCGUGAGUACCGAGACAACCAGCUCAGGUUUCCCGAGUCCGUGGUGGCGGUAGGGCCCGGCCAGAUGCUCGUGUGUGGGAAUGACAGCAACAACGUGAUGCUGCUAACGGAGACGAAUGGCAAGAUGACGGAAAUACUGGGGAAGAAGGACGGGCUGACCGAUCCCUUCUCCGUGUACUUCUGUCCUCACACACGUGCCAUAGUUGUCGGGAUGCGCAAUAAUGAUGCACUGAAGGUCUUUAAUGCAAAUUGACAGUUUUUCUUCAUCAGUCCUAAUUUGGAUUUUGUUUUAAAUGUCUUAAACUUGACUUCACAUAAAAUGAACUGAAUAACCCCUUGCUAAAUUUGCGGGUUGAACCGGUUACAUCUAAAGCGUGGCUUAUCAGCGUUCCGCGCCGUGACCAGUGGUCACGUGGUGUGUGUUUGGCUUAUCAGCGUUCCAAGCCGUGACCAGUGGUCACGUGGUUGGUGUCGGCCUAUCGCUAGCCUCCCGCGUCAGCCAUUCUAGAAAAAUCUUCAGAGAUACGUGCUUGCGUAUUUUGAGCAAAAUAUUUUGCAUAAUUUUCCUCCACCUCCCAAUCCACCUCCAUACAUGUUUUCAAAUAAUCUAUGUCUAUAUUAUUUGUAUGCAUUUCUUUAUGUUGUAUAUUUGUAGUGCAAUCAACUCAUUUCUAAAUUGUUUGUGUAUAAUUUAUACAUUUCUUAAUUUGAACAUACACAUGUAUACAUGUUUAUGCAUUUGUUCUAGUAUAUUUUGGUUUUAUUGUUUCACGUUUAUUCAUUAUUGGGCGGUUGUUUGGACGCCCAAUAUGCUAUAAUGAAUAAUAUGUUACGAGGACGUCAAACUCGUAUUUAUUUUUUAGUUUCGACAUUGAAUAAAUGUCCUUUUCACUCA